AUGGCGGCGGCUUACGCAUGGCUCCUAGUGCUGUGUUCAGUGUUUGUGUGCAACUUAAUGAAAGCACUUCUUCCCUCCAUUUCUUCGAUUCUGUCUAAAAUGCUGCAGAAGGAUGCUGACCAAGAAAGUGAAAUGAGAGCUGAAAUUCAGAAUCUUAAGAGGGAGCAAUUCUCCAUAAGUAUGAUGGAUGAAUUUGCCAGAUAUGCACGGCUGGAGCGCAAAAUCAACAAGUUGACAGAUCAGCUGAAAACACAUGUGAAAUCACGAACUGGACACCAGGCCAAGAUGAAGUGGUUUGUGAACAUAGUCUUUUAUAUUGUACAGGGCGCUCUGAUGAUCUCCCUGAUCUGGAAGUAUUACUCUGACCCCGUCACUGUGGUCCCCAGUCGGUGGAUUGCUCCUGUGGAGCGCCUGGUUGCAUUCCCUACAGGAGUAGCAGGUGGUGUGGGCAUCACCUGCUGGUUAGUAGUUUGUAACAAAGUUGUUUCUCUCGGUCUGAACGCCGUGAGUUAA